CCGGCUACAUGCGCUUCAAAUACUCGAAAUGUGUCACAUCUUUUGUGACAACACAACGGUAAAUUUCAGAACCGACACGAGCAAUUUGAAUGUAGUUUAUUCGGGUUUCCUGCACUCAAUCGCGGACGAAGGGCGAUAAUAGAUAAUAUCUCACUCUCUAUGUUUUAUGUUCUCUGUUAUCUCUCCUUGUCCGUUCCAUAUGGGUUUUGAUAUCUCUCAUUUGAAACAUUUUGAUUCAUAACCGUUUGGAUGUGCGCGGGUGAAAGCUGUGUAAGUUUGUGCUACGUUAAAUGUUAGACCCAUUCAAAUGAAUUUAGUCACUAUGUCCGAAUUUUUGUUUAAAUAUUGCAGUGUAAUUUUGUCAGCCGUUCCAAAAUCAAUGUUCAAAAACCACUUGACAUAGAAAUAACUGUUUGGUGUAAGUAAUUUGUAUAAUCUGUAUGUUAUAUGUUAAUAAGUGACUAAAUGUGAAAUUUGUAGUUUGCCCUGAGGAUGAAUGAAUAAACAUUCGAAACGUCGGCUUUUAACCUAACCGGUUGUUUUUAAAGAAACCCGAAGACCGAUAUAGCGCCAAAAAAUCCCAUAAAUUAUCAAGACGGUCGAAAAUCAACCAAUAUAAUGAAAAUUCUCGGCUUGGUAUCCACCACUUCACCAAGAAAAAAAAAAAUAAGUUUCUGGAACAUCCUAGAAUAUUCUAUGGAGGAAUCAAUAUGCUUUUUUUUUUCAUUAUUGGAAGAAGUUUUCCGGAACUAAAACAAGGGAAUGAAUAUAUUCUAGGACAUAUUUCGAAGGAAGGAGAGGCCCAUAUAGCCGAGGCGGUAAACGCACGGGUAUUCAGCAUGACCAUGCUGAGGGUGACGGGUUCGAUUCCCGGUCGGUCCAGGAUCUUUUCGUAAAGGAAAUUUCCUUGACUUCCUUGGGCAUAGAGUAUCUUCGUGCCUGCCACACGAUAUACACAUGCAAAAUGGUCAUUGGCAGAGGAAGCUCUGAGUUAAUAACUGUGUAAGUGCUCAUAGAACACUAAGCUGAGAAGCAGGCUUUGUCCCAGUGAGGACGUUACGCCAAGAAGAGGAGGAGAGGCUAAUUUAAAAACUUUCCAUAAUAAAUUAAAUGUUCGUAAAUUUUUGUUUAGAGAAAUUUCUGAAUCUCUCCUGGGCGAAGAAGUAUGAGGAGAGGAAGGAGAAGAAUAUAAAUUUGAUUGAUUGAUUUGUCUUUAUUAAAGAGACUUUCAGCCGGGCUGAAAGUCUCUCUAAUAAAGACAAAUCAAUCAAUCAGACUUUCAGCCCUAAGAGUAUAAAGAUACGCAUGUUUUUGGAAUAUUCUAGAACAUUCUCUGAUGCAGGAUAUACUAAAAAUGUUCGUCCGUGAAUUUCCGAUGAAUAAUAGAAUGUUUAGAAGCUUUCUGUUUCUAAUUCUAAACAAUUAGGAACAUUACUGUGAGAAUCAGGAGAUGAAAUCGAAGAUUCAUGAACAUUCUCGAACAUUCAUCGUAUCAAUCAAACGAAUAACAUACAUAUUUAAGUAUUUUUCACAAAUAAGGGGCCAUGCACAAAUUACGUCACACUUUUAGAGGGGAGGGGGGGGGUGGUUUGUCAUAACGUGACGACCCAUACACAAAUUUUUGAAGUCUCAUACAAAAAUUCUGACAUAGGGGGGAGGGGGGGUUGAAAAUGGUCGAUAUUCACGUGACAUAAUUUGUGUAUCACCUCAGCAUAUUUGAAAACUUUCUGUUUAGAAUUCGGAGCCUUACAUUGCAAAGAGAUUAAGAAGAAGGAAAUUUUAGAAUACUUCAGAGAAAUAAACAUGGUUUCUGAAUAAAGUUGUAGAAAAGCAAAAAAAUGCAUACCAACAUUUUUAAGCCAUCGUCAUAAUUCUCGGGAUGGUGAAAACGUGGCUAGCCACGUCGGGUCAGCUAGUAUAUAUAUAAAAUCCCAGCGUUGUCUGUCUAUCUGUCCGUAACGCUUAGAAAUGUUUCGUUGAAAUGUUUCACCAUAGUUGUAUCAAAUUUCUAAAAGGUACGAGAACAUUCUGAAUGUUUUUUGACUUUCUAGGAAUAAUAAGAAGAACCUUCUGGAAUGUUCAGGAACAUUAAUAUUCUAAAAAUUCUAAGAACUUCUUAAAUUUUCGAGAAUCCCCUUGAAGUUUCUGGACGCUUCAGAAAGAAAAAGAAGAAGAACCUUCUGCAGCAUUAUGAAACACCUUUUUUUUUGGCGUAGCGUCCCAACUGGGACAAACCCUGCUUCUCAGCUUAGUGUCUAUGAGCUCAGUUUUUAUCUGAGAACUUCGGCUUCUAAUAACCACUUCAAAGUUGUUAAACGUUAUAGAAAAGAGCCUUCUAGAAUGUUCUAGAGAGCAUGAAACUUUAUUAUAUUGGGAAAAGGUUAUGGACGUUAGGGAACGAGCAAGGAACCAAAAAAGAACCUUCUAGAAUGUUCUGGAACAUAAAAAUCCAUAAAAUUUCCAGAAACCUCCUGAAAGAUACAGAAGUAAAACAAUCAUCUGAGACAUUCUGGAUAUCACACUUCCUCAAACUUUCUGUGCGUUACUGAACGUUUCAAUCAGAGAAAAGAGAAGAACCUUCUGGAAUGUUCUGUACAUUUUUCAUUCUUAAUUUCAAGCACUUUCUGGAAGUUAAUGAAAGUCCAAGAAAGAAGUAAAGGGCCUUCUCAAAUGUUUUGGAACACCAAAAUUCAUUAAAUUUCGAGACCUUUCUAGAGAUUACUGAAUGUUUCAGAAGGAAGAACAAUAGUCUACGAAAAUGUUUUAGAUAUUAAAAAAUCUUAGAACUUUCGAAAAGUUACUGUACAAAAACAAGACAAAGACCUUCUGCUCCUGAACAUUCCAAAUGAAAACAGAAAAAAUCUCUAGAAUAUUCUGGAACAUUAAACUUCCCAGGUACUAUCCAGAAGUUACUGAAUGUUUCAGAAAGAACAAGAAAACUAACCUUCUGAAAAUUUUCUGGAACAAAUUAUUUAAUGCUGAUUAUGUUCGGGGAGUUUGUCAACGUUCAAAAAAAAAGUCAAAUGGGCCUUCAGAAAAGUUCUGGAAAAUCAGAAUUCAUUGAAUUUUGAGAACUUCCUGGAGAUUACUAAACGUUCAAGAGAGAAGCAUUCUGGAGAGAGAUUCAGGAAUGUUCUCGAAAACAGUUUCAUUGGAAGAAGUGUAACUGAAAUUUUAAAAACAAUCUUUUUCUAGCUAACGUGGCUAGCCACGUCGGGUCAGAUAGUAUUAUAAUAAUUUGCAACCGAGCUUACUUUAUUCCAUGAAUAAUACCAGAUAUUUAAGCUACUGCACACGAAGAGGGUUAAGUGAUCCCGUCGCGGACUCCACCGUUCCUUCAGCACUUUGGGGAACCACCGGAUGCUGGUGUUGGCAUGACGGAGCUUAACUAUUUCGGCUGCAAAGUUCGCCACUUUUUACCGUUAGUGAAGCGAUCGAUCCUGAUGCUGCAAUAGGAAUUCACUCAUUGUGAGCACCAAACAUAUUUUAAAGAACGAUAUUAUGUACUUACCCUUGAGUAUAUCCAUUAUUUCGGCCGGUCAAUUGAGUCCGACAGCACGCGUUCGUGCAAAACAUUCGUCUCCUGAGCGCGCCAUUAUGGUUUCUUAUCUGUUUGCUUCCUUUUAAAUUUUAUGUGCGAAAGGUUACUUGUUAUACUGUUGCACUUGGAAUAUAUUUUAGUAAUAAUAAAAAUCAUGUGUCUUACUUAUAGAUUUUAUCACUGGCACAUAAACGAGCGAUUCUCUCUCUCGCCGGCAGUUUAUGCGCUUAGCGCACUUAGAAUCUAUCAGUCGAAUAAUUUGAGUGUAGCACAUUGUGAUUUUAUUUUAUAAUUUAGAAAAUAUUUGAAUAAUAUAGAAUGUACUUUAAUUUCAGAGCAAUGAUCAUAUUUAUGCCGUCAUUUCGUAUACGUUUGCUCAACACAAUCAACAGAUUGGUUCCUCGUGAAGCAGCCGAAGCCAUAGGACAGAAAACGGAUUUGGGCGACUGGUGGGUAAUAUACAUGCUAGGAGGCAAUCUAGAUCCUCCCAUUUUCAAAGAUGUAGUAGCAGAACUUGCAAAGCAGAUAGAACCGCCACACAAAAAUGGAAAACAAAGACUUUGAGGAUUGACUUCAUAAAAAGAUGACACACGUGUAGGCUUUAGAACUGCCAUAGAUACCAUGGGUUGUGCACGACUUCCAUACUCAUAGAAAUAAAUACACAUAAAUCAUAUUAUGUUCUAAAAUUCAACGUUCCUAUGUUGAACAUUAGUGAAUCUCUCUAAGAUUUUUUACAGUUUUCACAUUCCAAUUGAUAAUAUAUUGUUUAGCUAUUAGUAGCAUGAAUCUCGACACAAAUUUAUUAUUAUAGAAAUAAAGAAAAAAUAUACUAUUUAAGCCCAUUAUUGAAUCGUUUGAUAACAAAUCCUUUCCACUUACGUACUUAGUAUUAAGAUCGUUGUAUACACUUUUAGCUGUAACGGACACUAUUUAACUUGCAUGAACAUUUUCCUUGGAAGGCCGAUAUACCCAGGUUGACAUAUUUUGCUGUGUAUAGUGCUGUUUUUUUCUCUCGAACAAACGAGCUGCAAUAACUUGCGUGUGCAAAAACCGCAGUAACAUUACAAAGAAUGCAUAAAAAUGGCAAGAGUUGGCAUGAGUACAUAAAAAAUACUAAGUGUGUUUCGUUUCCCAAAAAUUUUUAUGAAAAAUCAAGCUAGUGCUCUCUGUGCUGUGAUAUUCAACCGAUAUCAGUCCAACGUUUGUAAAUGGAUUGCGUACAAACUCUUAAGAAAAUCUAUAAACAACCAAAGUUGUGUAAAAGAUCCCAAUAAUAGCAUUUUUAUAUCCCCUUCGGGUGGGACCAUAAAAGACUGAUUAUCUCAAUUUUUCUCUUAUAAAAUUAACGUUUUCCAGAAUAAAGCUUUUUUACUUCGGCUAUGUUGUCCACCUAUGCACUUUUUGCGGUCAAAUUAAGAUCAGCACAAUUGUGCUGGUCCAUCCUCAAAGCAGUCGAUGUUCUAUAAGAAAUUGCUAAAUAUUGCCUACUUUUAGGCGUUUUAUGGUAUAGAAGAUUGAUUGUAAUUAUUAAACCACUACAAAGUGUUAGGCGUUUUAUGGUAUAGAAGAUUGAUUGUAAUUAUUAAACCACUACAAAGUGGUAGUUUGUAGAAAUUUAGACGUAUACUUAUUUUAUCUUAUUCGUUUAUUUGGAAGGCUCGGGCGCCACAAACGUAAAAUUUUAACUAAAGGGUCACGAUAUCAACUUGACAGGGUAUUCAAAUCAUAGAAGUGAUGUGGAGAUCAAUGAACAUGAGAUCUCGAAAAUUUGCAUACUUUUCAACUCGUGAUUAAUCAAUUAUUACUAAUCCAAAGUCGAGUCUGCUUAAUGAUAGCUCUUCAGCAGAGUUGCAGUGUUUUCCGACUAGAAGUAACCGUUCGAAAAUCGCUAUCCAAAGCUUAAAAAUCUCUUAACUCGUGGUGUACGGUGUUUAUCCUAUUCUUCUUAAGUUGGGGCAAACUUAUGUCGCAUUGGGUCGAUUAUCGCAACAAAUACAGGUUGUGACAUUGUCAUUAUUAUUGCGCGAUGGUUGAAUUUUGAUUCAGUGAAAGGGGAGGCUUUCCACGGACCAGCACGAAUCCAUUUUAAUCGAUGUUUUUAAUUUACUUGAUAUUUUUGUAUACUAUUCCUUUUCAUGUGAGAAACCAUUUUUUCAUAUCAAAAGUUCAUAUUUUGUCUCGACUAACUUUCAAAUAGGGCCUAUGAAAAAAUGGAACACAAGCAAAUAAAAAAUUAUAACACGGAAACGGCUUGUUCGAUCGGAAAGGUGUCUUCAGCAAAGUUGUAGAAUAAUAUAUGGCGGCUCUCAGAAAAAUACAUAUUGAAAUAUUUAUUUAGUUUUUCUUCUAAAAAAACUGAAUUUUGUUACUAAAAAUUAAAUAUCUCAAAAAGUUAUUUUUUUACCUUCGUGUUUUUUUGUGAGAAUAAAGUUCAUUCUGUAAGCUAUCAUCUGUAAAAUUUUUAUAGUGGUAAAAAAAUGUACAAAAAAGUUACGGCACUUUGAACAUUUUUGGUUGCGUGUUUUUUUUAGAGUGCAUGACGAAUUUCCCGCAAACUAGAUUUUGGGGUUGGCAGCACCCUCUCAGAUUUCAAUGGAAUUGUGUAGUUAUGAAGACUAUGUACUUUAAAGCAACGUUGCAUACUUUGUCGUUUUUUUUUUUUUUAAAUUUAUCUACACUAAUAUCUGAAAAGGGCUUAAGUUUUUGACUAUUUUAUUUAUACCAAUAUAACUUAAAAAUAACAUGACCUGCAAAAAAGUGUGGUAUGUGUGACUUUAAGGAAUUUGUGUAAACUUUCAAGUAAAAAAUUGAAAUAUUGAAAAAACGAUCACGCUAAAAAAAAGUUAAAAAAUAAAUUGAAGUCAAUUUGGAAUACAUGCCCAUUUGCGAAAUUAAAUUAAUCCUAUUUCGGAGAACCAAACCCCACACCAACCAAUAAGAAUAGAAUUCAAAAUGGAUCAAAGUAAUUAAAUUGCUAUUAUCUAAAUCUAACCCAACACAAAAUGUUUUUUUUUUGAGUCAAACCAAUUUUUGGGUAUUUUUAUACGUGGAUUUUCACAUAUUGAUAUUGAACAUAGCUUUACAUGUUUCAAUUAUAAAUCUAUCCAAUACAAAGAAUACAAUUUCGGAUUCUCUUUUGAACCAAAACACCAGAUUUGUUACACAGAAAUUCAGAACAUCAACCAGAAGUCGAAUUUCAACUUAAAAUUUUUCUUAUUCAUAAGAGAAUAAAAUAAAUACUUUGCAUUAGAUAGACUUGUGAUUUAAACAUAUGGAGCUAUGUUUAAUUUAAUAUCUGUAAAAAACGCCCUGGAUAAAAUCUUUUGUUUUCUACCGAAGAGAAACACGCAAAAUGAUGACAUGAAGUAUUUGUUGUUAGAAACCGUCCAUUAAAGACGUAGCAUUUUAGAGGAAGUUUAUGAUAUUGCUAGGAGCCUUCUAUUGGGUAUAGGAGAAUAUACUUUAAGAGGGGAGGAGUUGUCAAAAAUGUUCUACUAAUGCUACCGUGAUUUCGAAUGCAGCGAUAUGGUCAAACUCAAACAUUACAGAAUCCUUGAAAAAGGUCCAAUAAGGACCGAAACGUCGGGUUAAGAAAACAUAUAGUUCUUUUUGAUUGACCAAAUUAGACUGAAUUGCCAAUUAAAGAUAUCAUCCAACGUACAGUCGAUCACCCAAAGAAAGUCAAACUCAAAGCAAUAAACAAGUACGACCACGAUUCUCAUCAGUCAACGAGAUUGAAACUUUUACUACAAAUCAUUUUAUUGCAAUAGGUAAAUAUCAUUUAAAAUAAAAAAUCAAUAAUUUUGCUUUCGGGAUGAAAUUGAUCAGUAAAUGAAAUACCUUUGCAUGUGCCAAAAAUAUGUUUUCCACCUGAAUUAACAGCCCCAGAAUGCGAAAUGCUGCGCAAAAGUUUAACGAGUUUUCUCAAUUUUUAAUUAUUCAAGUUUUAAAUUUAAUAAAUUUCAUGAAAACGCCUUAAAGUAUGCACUUUUCAUACUGAAAAAGUGAUUACUUCCGAAAAGUGCAAUUUUAUGUAUAAAUUUGAAUAUUUAUGAAAUUUUUGAUUAUGAAAUCGUGUUUAGCAAAUACUUGGCAGCUAAAAGCAUCCAUUCGAAUAUUCAUUACAUGUGCGAUACAGCCACGGUAACAAAAGUUUGAAAGGGUAUUUGAGGUUCGCCAAACACGCAAUUACGGAAAAUAUUGAAUUUAAUACAGAAAUAUGUGACUAAUUGACUGUAAAACAUGUAACUCAUCAUUCACUAAUCCUUUAGCCGGAUGAUGGUCAUUUUCUACAAAUUGUUUUAAGUUUAAAGCAAUAUUUUUAGCAAAUGAACAUGACUCUCACGUCGAUCAAUUUCACCCCACUGAUCAGUUUCACCCGAAAUCACGGUACCUCAGAAAUGCUUUUCUUCAAAAGUGCGCGUCUUGCGAUAUAUGGCAAAAUUUUCAAUAAUUACAAAAAUGUCAUGUUUUGCAAAUUGAAAUAAUUUUUCUUAUUUGCAUUUUUUUUACUUUUAAAGCGUAUUGACAUUUUUCAAUGUUAUGAAAGUUCACAUGAUUACAGGUAUACCUCGAUUUAGUGGACCCUCGAUUAUAUAGACCCUCGAUUUUAUGUACUUCGAUUUUAUGUACAUUUUACCUCGAUCUUAUGUACAUUUCUAAUGGUAUUUUUUUUAAACUAUUCAAUCAGUUUAAAACUUGCAAUUUAUUACAUGAUGACUUAUAAACCAGGGGUCUUCAGCCUUUAACACGCGGAGCACUUCAUAUCAAUAAAUUGUUUUGUAGAGUACCCAUAUUAGCGCCAAUACAUACCUCAUGACAUACUUAGUUCUAUAUAUUUACUGUAAUCUCAUACUUCCCUUUCUGACUUCAUUUUUUUUAUAAAUAUCCCUGGCUUUUUAGAUGAUUGCGAUGAGCGGAGUAUAUGGAGUGAUUUUCUGGCAAUAUUUUUUUAUAGAUCCCUUAGCAAUGAGAACAUUUUUGACGGAUGCAUGCAAACUGAUUCACCAAAUCUUCUCUCAAAGUUUUCCAACAAACUUUUUUCAACGAUUCUUAUGACUUCCUCACCGAGAAUUGUAUUAAAUACCUGAUAUUUUUGGUAGAUUUGCUGAUUGAAUUCCAAAAUGUAUAGCAAAUUCACUAAAAAGGUCAUUGUAAUGCUUCGGAUGAUUACUGACAAGAUUUGUGAUAAAUUAUUUCUAGUGCUCUCAUGGUAGAAUCAGAUCUAGUUAGUCAAGGUUUCCCGAUUUCAGCGUCCCUUCACGUGCACAUUCCCAAGGAUGAAUUCCUGGAGGAGUCUUUGAAGGAGCCACUUGAGCAAUUCGUGAGCUGCUGGAACAACUUCUUAAAGAAUACAUGGACCAACUUUUGAAGAAAUCCUUGCCGAAAUUUCUGAAGUAGUUCUAGUAAUAUUGAACAAGUAUCUAAAGAUAUCUCCAAAAGUAUCACUGAAAAAAUCUGAAGAAAAUUCUAAAUAAACUCCUUAAAGCAUUUCUGAAAAAAAGGAUUAUUUUUUAAUUUCAUAGAUGGAUUUUCUGAAGAAGUUCCGGAAGGAAUACCUUGACACUACUGCUGGAAUAACUAACAAAACCUCUCGAAAUAUUAAAAAAAAACCUGGAGGAAACCCAAAAAAAAAUUAAACAAAGUUUCAAUGAAGUCUUUGAGAAACUCAUAGAGGAAUUCUUAGAGGAGCGCUUGGAGGAAAUCCUGAAGAUAUUUGUAAUAAAAUAUAUAGAGGAAUAACCGGUGGAAUUUCUGAGGAAAUCUCUGUGUCAAUUUCUGCAGGAAUCUCUGUAUAAAUGUCUUCCAGCCUUUUCAUAGCAAUCCUCUAUAGCAGUCGGCAAAAUCUGUAGAAAAAUUUCUGAAGCAAUCCUUGGAGGAUUUCCUAAGACUUUUUAACUUAAGAAAUCCUUGGAGCAAUUUCUGGAAGAAAAAUGUCUUGAAGCAAUAUCUAAAGGCAUGUGCAUAAAUUUUGGGAUUUUCCUUCAUAAUAUCUUGUAGAAUUUCAAAAGCAAUCAUUGGAGACAGUUUUUUUUGAAAACUUCUGAGAUAAUUUUGAAGAAGUUUUGAUUUUCUGAUUCUGAUACAUUAAGAAACAGAAUCUCAAAAUUUGAAUCAUAUUUUAAAAAAAGUUCAUGGAAUACUUUUGAGAAACUUCAUGGAAGGUUUUCUAGAUGAAUGCUUCGAAAAAAAUCUAAAGGAAUCUCUUUCAAAGAAAUUUGUAGAUGAAUUUCUAGAACAAUCUAUGCAAGAUUUUUAGAACCCAUGCGACAUUUAUGGAAGCCACCCGUGUAAGACUUUCUUAAGGAGUUCUUAGAGAAGUUUCUAUAUGACAUUCCAGAAUCCCUAGAAGUUUUUUGUGAGACUGAAUUUCUUUCGGAUUUCCUGGAUGAACUUGUGAAGUAAAUCUAUUUUUUCAGGAACUCGUGAAAGAUUUUUUAAAUGAGUCCUAGGAUGGAUUUCAACUAGGGUCUAUGAAAGAAUUAUCGAAAAAUCUGUGGAAGUUUAAGGAGAAAGUUAUAAAAAAAAAUCUGGAAGAAAAUCUGGAGAUAUUUUUGAAGAAAUUAUUAGUCGAAAUUGUAAUAAAAUCCAUGGAAGAUUUUCUGAAGAAACCCUCAGGGUAAUUUCUACAGGAAUCCCUGCAGAAAAUUCCCUAAUGGAUCUCAUAUUUUUUAAAGAGUCCCUGGAGAAUAUUCUAGAGAAAUCCCAGGAAGUUUCUCUGACAGAAAUUCAGAUUCAAAAAAAAAAAACCUUGAAGCAACUUCUAAAGCCAACCCUGGAGAAAGUUUUGAAAUAAAUUCUCGGAGAACCGUUUGAGAGAAUGCUUUAAGAAAUUUCCGAAGGAUUUUCUGAAGAAAUCCCUGGAGGAGUAUCAACAAAAAUUUAUACACAACUCUUUCUGAAACAUCUGGAGAAAUCACUGGAGAGGAAUUUCUAUAGAAAUUGGAAAUUGUUGUGAGAAUUUUUGAUGAAAUACUUGGAAGAGUUUCCAAAGUAACCCCAGUUUAUAUUUUUUGAAACAUUUUCUGAAAAAUAGUUUAUGAAGGCAUAGCUGAAUGUUUUAUUAAAGGAAUCUGUGGAGUAAUUUGAAUAAAUGUCCAAAGAUAUUUCUAAUGGAAUCUCUGAAUGCAUUUUUGUAGGAAUCAUCAGAGGAAUUUCUACUCAAAUUAAAAAAAAAAUUUUUUGAAAAAAUGGGGAGGAAUUUCAGAAGAAAAUCAUUGAAAUGCUUGGAAUGAAUUCUUUGUGAACUUCAUAGAACAGAAAGAAUUUCUAAACAAAUCUCUGAAGAAAAUUUCCAAAUGAAUCAAUGGAAGAUUUUUUGAAAGAAUCCGUAAAGGAUUUUUUGGCCGAACACUCGGACAAAUUUCAGCAAACAAAUACAGAAAGAUAUUUUACAAGAUAUUUUUGGUAGAUUUUCUAAAGAAAUCUCCAAAUAAAUGCCUAGAGAAAUUUAUGAAUGAACAACUAGAAGAAUUUCUGAAAUAAUUCUUGGGCCAAUUUCUCAAAAAAAUCUCUGAAAUAACUUGUGUAAACUCCAGGGGCCCAUAUAGCCGAGGCGGUAAACGCACGCGGGUAUUCAGCAUGACCAUGCUGAGGGUGACGGGUUCGAUUCCCGGUCGGUCCAGGAUCUUUUCGACUGACUUCCCUGACUUCCUUGGGCAAAGAGUAUCUUCGUGCCUGCCACACGAUAUACACAUGCAAAAUGGUCACUGGCAGAGGAAGCUCUCAGUUAAAAACUGUGGAGGUGCUCAUUGAACACUAAGCUGAGAAGCAGGCUUUGUCCCAGUGAGGACGUUACGCCAAGAAGAAGGAGGAACUUGUGUAAAGUGUAACAUGAUGGUUUAAUGUGGCAAGUUUCAUUCGGAGACCGUCGUAAUUAGAGUUGAAAAUUCUGAGUUCACUUAACUUUAUUUAACACCUCAGAAUUGCAACAAAAGGCGACCGAGACCGAGGAGAUAGCGGUACAAGCCUACACUACUCAUACAGAAAGAUCGUUCGGCAAAUACAGCACAACCAGUAACCAUGCUCUAUCAAGUGCUUGUCACGAAUCUCUAAAUUUCCGAAGGAAUCCCUUGAGGAAUCCCUGGAGGAAUUUAUGAAGCAAUUCGUAAACAAAUUCCAGGGUAAAUAAAUCCUCAGAGAUAUUUUCAAAAGAAUCCCUGAAUGAACUCCCGUUUUUUUUUAUUUUUUGGGACAUUUAUGCAAAUAGCGUUAUUGUGUAUGUCCAUUGCACAAAAUAUUGGCUUUUCAAUCAACCAUACAUGGUUUUGGACAAAAGAUUUCGAUCAUAAAAAAAUAGCAAGAUAGUGGUUUAUUCGUUAUUAAGCGAGAAUUACUAAUAUAGGCCAAAAACUCCGAGCCUUUCAUCGAAAACUCAAUUUUCAUGCAGUUUUUAUAUGUUUUGGUACAUUUUGGUAUAAAAUUUAAAUUAAAAUAAAAUAAAAAAUUUUGCUUCGAUUUUAUGUAAAAUUCGAUUUUAUAGACAUUUCAAAAAUUGAAAUGUCCACUAAGUCGAGGUAUACCUGUAUCUAAAAGUCACCCAUACAUAACUUUUUUGAAGGUAAUGUCAUUUUUAAGUUAGUAAAAAACGGUCAAAUACUUUAGACCUUUUCAAAUAUUAGUCUAGGUAAAUAAAAAAAACAACGUAUGCAAUCUUGCUUUAAAAUACGUCUUUAAAGCUAAGAAAUUCCAUCGGAUUCUGAGACAGUUUUGCCAAACCCCUACGGCGAGUUUGCGUGAAUUCGUCAUACACUCUAAAAAUCACACAACCGAAAAUGUUCAAAGUGCCAUAACUUUUUUGUACAUUUUUUUACCAUUAUGAAAUUUCUACAGAUGGUAGCUAACAGAAUGAACUUUAUUCUCACAAAAUAUCACGAAGGUAAAAAAAUAACUUUUUGAGAUAUUUAAUUUUUAGUAACAAAAUUCAGUUUUUUUAGAACAAAAACUAAAUAAAUUUUUCAAUGUGUAUUUUUCUGAGAGCCACCAUUUAUUAAUCUACAACUUUGCCGAAGACAGUUUUCCGAUCAAACAAGCAGUUUCAGAGAGAUGAUUUUUCAUUUGCAUGUGUUCCAUUUUUUCAUAGGCCCUAUUUGAAAGUUAGUCGAGACUCAAUAAAAAGUUUUAAUAUGAAAAAAUAGUUAUUUAUAUUGAUUAGAACAGCUGUGCAAAAUUUUAUGCAAAUAAAAAAUGCAAAAUUUAAAAAAAUGGAUUUUUUUCGUGCUGCUUCGUGGAAAGCCUCAGGGAUAAAAGAUUCAAAAAUAAUAUUUCAAUUUUACUCCUUGAACAUCAUCCUCAUAUCAUAUUUAGCUCUUAUGAUAUCUAACCAAUAGCAGUGAACUAUUAGCUUGAUCUUCAAAUAUCAAAUUUGAAUAUUGUUUGUUCCAGGAACAUUUUUCAAAUACUGUUUCGCUACUUUUAUCUCUUAUAUGGAUUAAACUAAUAUCACCUCCACCCGUGAAUUUACAGUUAUAUGAUCCAAAUAUGUAUUAAGAUACAACGCGAUUAGAGUUCUUUAGAUAGCCGUAUGAUGUGGCUAGCGUUCAAUUUUCAGAUUUCAAAUCUGGUUAGCAGGGAUUACAGUCCCGGGGUCUGACAAAAUUCCACCUCUUCUUGCGAGGCAGUCGCGUGCUCCUGCUAAUUAUAGGACUACUUACCCCAAUUCAAGGUGUUAAUCGACCCGUGUCGAGGAAUGAGUGAUCGAGGGGCUGAAAAAGAUGCUCGAUCGUUAACGGAACCUGGGGGUAAAUACCUGGGAACUUCUCACAGUAUUUCGUCCCUUAUCCCGUUAAUCAAACAGGUGGUAGUGGUAGUGGCGAGGCUAACCUUUUCGUAAGAUGUGGGUUGGCUAGGUCUUCCUUAAGGAGAAGUGAGAAGUCUGGAUCAAGAAGCUGCACACACAGCUCAAGCAUAGGAGCUUCGAUUUAUGUGGUCGAAGCGUGGAUAAUGGGGACUAUCAACCAAAAAAGUUAUGGGCUGUCUGCAUUAGAAGUGGCUUAGUAGCAGCUAAGCGAGAUCAUCGAUUUUGCAUCCACAAAGUCCAAUAUAAGCAAGGACCUUGAAUCGGCCGAUGGAGUCGAUGGACGAUGCCAAGCAAGAUCACGAGAGACUCGUUAAAACUGCAGAACCAGUGAAAGAAAAGGUUAUGAAGUCUACCCAGGUGGAGGCCUUCGCUUUCGCAAGAAGCACAAAAGAUGUGGUGGAUGUAACUGUUUUUGAUUAGCACUCGCAGAAGCGGGUGAGACAGCCGUCAGGUGAAGAGCUGUCUGACGGUGCCCGCAAGACUAGGCGAAUACUAACCCUGAAGGUCGGCAGCAAUGUCGGCAAGUAGGCUUGGCAAAACUAGUGUCACUCCCCCCGGGGAAAAGUUACACUUUCAGAUAAAAAAUCCCAGAGGUCGCCCCUUGUCUCCUAGUGUCGCUCCCCCGGGGAAAAGUUACACUUUCAGAUAAAAAAUCCCAGAGGUCGCCCCUUGUCUCCUUGGUUCAAAUCGAGCAACGCUUCUUGUAGAAAAAUCAUUUAUGAAACUUUCCUUCGAAGACCGCAAAACAAUGGACUAUCAGCUUUGCUGAAAAUUGCAACAGAUGGCGCUACUGAGCAGGAGUUUUUUGCCUUUUAUAUAUAUGAAAAAAAAUUACAAAAAAUGAUUUUUUGACUCAAUACACGUUUUAUCAGAAAAAAAUAUUUGGUACAGCUUGUAGGUAAUAAUAGUAGCCAGCAGCGUUACUAAUUAUUUUUUGCAAAAAUUUUGAAAUAUUUGAAAUAUUUGAAAAAAUAUUCAAAUCUCCAUACAUUUUUUCGACCGAAAACUUAUGCCUCUAUACUGGUUGCUCUUCCUUUUCCUAUACAUGCCAUCGAAUAUACAUGGAGUCAUGUUUACUUUCGUAUCUGUCAAACGAACAGAAAACAAAGAACAAGCAAGGUUUGGAAUCAGCAGCAGUGAUGCCACAUACACAGAUUUACCUAGAAUUACACAGAUUUUCUCCCAUUUUUGCCUACAGAUAUCUGUGAUCAAAGAAUUUUGCAAUAAAAAAGAUUUUUAAGAUUUUGAAAACUACGACAAUGACUUUCGUGAAAAAAAGCAUUAUUAUAAUUUUCAGGUACUCAAAUUUAAAUAAUAGAAAUUAAAUCUUCUGGUUGGAUGGUCGAGGCUAAGCCUCAGGCGCAUUGUUUUCGACGUUCUUGUGGUUUCUGAUGAUCUUCAGAUGCAACCUGGGAGUGUUUUGGUCGACGUUAUUCUAAGAACAUUUUUUUCCGUUUUUUUUUUAACAAAUUGUUCAAAAAUAUUCGAUUUUGGAGACAUUAACCUAUCACAGAUUUUUACUAAGAUUUUCUGAAAUUUCCUGCAGAUGAAAAUAGUUUAUUUAUGUAACGAGUUGCAAAAAGUUAUUUUUUUCAGCACGAGUCGUACAUUUAUCGAGUUCCAUACAAAAUUUUAUGCAAUGACUUUUUCAUAAUGCAACCCAUUUGAGUUGCAUAAUGUUCAUAAUGCAACUCAAAUGAUUUUGGUCAAAAAAAUCUUUAUGCAAUUCAGUAUCAUAAUUUACAUUUUAUAUAACUCAUUUUGGUAUCAUAAUGGCCAUUUUUUCCGAACUGGCUCAUUAUGCAACUGAAAUGAGUUGCAUAAUAAAAAAUAGUUGUAUAAUGUUCAUAAUGCAACUCAUUUGAGUUGCAUUAUAAACAUUAUGCAACUCAAAUGAGUUGCAUUAUGAACAUUAUACAACUAUUUUUUAUUAUGCAACUCAUUUCAGUUGCAUAAUGAGCCAGUUCGGAAAAAAUGGCCAUUAUGAUACCAAAAUGAGUUAUAUAAAAUGUAAAUUAUGAUACUGAAUUGCAUAAAGAUUUUUUUGACCAAAAUCACAGAUGAAAACCGAAAAUAAUGUGGCAACACUGAUCAGCAAUCGGCAACUUGAAACGAAAAAAAUUGAGAAGGAAAUAAAAAUAGUGCGAUCCGAAACGCCGGUCAACAACCUUCGUCGUCCGCAGGGAAAUGGUUCUUGCUGGAGCUCCAACCUAUCAGGUUUGUAUCUACCUAGGAUUAUGAUUUAAGUCAGUAUGGUGUGAAUAUAUGUAGGUUAGCCAAUGUUUUUGUUUUUGUUUUUUUUUUUGUAGAACAGCGAAGAAGAAUAUGCCAACUGGCCGAGCUGGGAGUUUGCCUUUGGCCGCUAAUGGAGAUCAAACGUUUGUUAGAAACCACCCGCCUGAUGAAGAAUCUGACGUCGAUUGAAUCCUGCCGUGAUUGAUGAAUCCAGGCUAGCUUUUACGUUGGAGUUCAUUGCCGUUACAAACAUACGGUUAGACGAAGACGGAACAAACUUCCGAAGGUGUUGUGCAGAUACAGAUUGCCCAGGUGAUGCGCACCUUUUUGCUUAUUUUAGUCUGUUCAAUUACAGCAAGGCAAGGUAGGAAUACGUAGGGGAAAGGAGGUGAGGGAAUCGUUUAAGAUGGGUCACAUGAAGAAGAGGAUUCUAUUUUUUUCCACGACUUUUAAAAACAUUUAGCUGAUAAGCUUUAUUCAGUGUUGUCAUGGUAAAAUCAGAGCUGGUUACCCAAGAUUUCUAAGUUUCAGCGCCCACUAUACCGGUACGCCCCCACUAUUUGUUUCUGUCAUUAUCGCGGAAGGGACAUUUAUUCUUAAAUUCCUUUCAUGAGUUUUGCAAGAAUUCUUCUUAAAUAUUCUAGGAAAAUCUGCAGAUUACCUGUAGAUGGAUUAAUUUCUUUAGGGAUUUCUAAGUAUUCUCAAACAAUUUCCGGUAAAUUUACAGAAAUAAGAUUGCCGCAGGAUUUCUGAGAAUGAUUUAAACAAGAUUUUUUCUAAGUAUCCUACAUUUUGAUCCCUGUCAAUGAAUUUCUUUGCAAACUUUUUUUCCGCCUGAGAUUCCUUAAAGUAUUAAAUAUUUAGGAAUUUCAUCCAAGGAUUGCUACAUAAAUACAUGAUUGAAUUCUUUCAUUUGUGAAGGAAUUACUUCAGAAAUAUUGUCAGAAUUUCUUCCAGGAGUUUUUCUUUGGGAUUUCUUCCCAAAUUCUUCCAAGCUUUUGUCAAAAAAUUCUACUAGGAAUUUCUCCAAAGAUUUCAGGAAUUUCUCCAAAUAUUUCUUUGGAAGCUGCAAUUCCAGGAAGUUUUAUUUUCACAAAGAUUUGGAUAUUUUUUCGGAAAUUCCUCUAGGGGUUUAUUUAAGAAUUUGAGGGGGUCAGAAGAAAUGAAGUGUAAGUACCGUAAUCCGGGGUACCAUUGAUCAGCGGGGUAACAUUGAUCGGCUUGACUGACCUCAUGAAUUGUUCAAACAAGCAUUUUACAUUGAAUCAGUUUCUGCUAUCGAAUGGUAUAUCAUAAUCUGCUUUUAUUUAGCUAUUAAAUGACAUGUAAUUCAUGAAAAUUGAAUUUCAUAAACAUUGAAAUAAAUCGAUUUAUCAAUAACUGUGUUUCGUAGCGCAAUGAGAUACAUUGUCAAACAUUCAUGUAUGGCAUGAAUACUAGAUACAAAAUGAGGUUCAAAAUCACUGUAUCACUUAAAUAUCAUAUCCUAGAGUUUGAUUUCAUGAACGGAACUUUUAUGAAAAUGAUCUUUUUCAAUAAAAUAUACUAUUUAUUGAAAGUAGGCUAUCAAUUACUUAAGUAAUUGCCUACCUUUAGGCGUUAUUCGCGGUUUGGAGGUUUUUAAUCCUAAAAUAACUCAAAAAGUACAUAACUUGUAAGAAUUUUGACUAUAUAUUCAAAAUCAGCGACCCCGAAUUUAGUAAGUAAGGGUAUUUUCGUUCGUCACAAACGAACAUUGUUAACUUAGGUGAUCAAUGUUACCCCAAAUCAACAUAAUCAAGAAUUAGAUUAAAAAGCCUAUUUAAAAUGCUUGAAAGUUUCACAAUACUUUAUCAAACAGCUUAACACAUACAGAGAGAGUCCGUACUUGUUUUAAAAAUAUAAAACGUGUAACGUUUGCCUUAACAAGGGAGUUAAUCAAGAAAAAUCGAAAGUUUUGAUCAAUGUUACCCCAGCUUACGGUAACAGAAACCAACUUUCCCGUAAAUGAGGUUUUAAAGUUUUUCAUCAAUUUUACAUCCCAUACAAAAUGUAUGGAGUUUCAUAAUAGACCCUUUUUUCAACGAUUUAUUGUUAUUUUUAUAAUCAUUGUAAAAAUAAUCUUAAAAAAGUUUCUGAAAGCUUGAACCUGAAGAAUUUUUUGAUAUGUUCAGCUCAAAAUCGUCAAAAUGGUCACUUACACCCCUUUGAUUCUUGGCCCCACAAUUAUGAUUUUAUUUCAAACACUUUUUCAGAAAUUAUGACCUGUUGGCAUCUAGAGAGAAGUUAUGACAAAACUGGCCAUCUUGCUUACUUUCGAUUCUCACCAAUUAUUGAUGGCGCUAUGUUGAAGAAUUUGUGAACAUGUUUGAAAAAUAAUUAUUGUAUGAUGAUAAUAUUCACCAUUUUCUAGGCGCAUUAGUUCUAUGCUGCUUCAGUACCAAUAUUCACGGUUGAAUUGAAUGUACAUAUUACUUUGAAAUUAUCGCUUUUUAAUUGCGAAUGAUAUUUCCUCUUGAAUUUUCCAUGAAGAAACAUCGUUGCACCUUUGGUUUCGAUUAGGAUUGAAAAAAAUGUGAGUUGCCCUUUUGGGUAAAGUCUCUUUAAACAAAAAAAAAACCCUAAUUAAUCCACCUAGCGGUGAUGGUGUCUUUCUCGUGCCUUCGAAAACACAUUUCAACACAACUCAAGUGACAUGUUGAUGAAUAUCGUACUUUCAUACGUUUAACAGAAAUCCAUUUCAUGGCAUCAGAGAUCAUAUCAUAUAUCUGGUUUUAGAUUUUUGAGCCUUGAACUCUUAAACAACAGCCACAAUCUUGAAUAUUGAGCCGCCAUUUAAGUUUUAUGUCCAGCAGCUUGGAAAUUCUGGCCGCUAUUUUUGGACUCCAGACUUCUUCCCCAUAUCAGAUACAUCCAUAUUGAAUGGUUUUAGAGCGUAAACCUCCAUUAAACAGCUGCCGUCUUGAAGUUUUUGCCGCCAUCUUGAAUUUUAAGACGCCAUAUAUGGCAGUGAACAUAUAGCCUUUCAGUACACUUCGGUGCACGAGAAAGGCAAAACGAUAUUUUCGAGCUUAAAUUCUGUAGAAAACUAAAAUAUUUAACUAAACCAUUAGAUUAAAAGAUCUUUUUUUGAUAGAAAAUAAAUAAACUUUCGAAUGAGGGUUAAAAAGCUGCGAUAAGUAUGACCAUUUUCAAGUUAUAGCCAGUUUGAGACAAGCAAAGUCAAAAACAUCUAAAGUUAAUUACUAUGUAACGGUUGAGAUUUGACCAUAUGCGUACACAUCACUCAUUAAAAAGUUUGCAUUCACCCAUCGGGACCCCCCGGAACCGGUUCCGGAACACUACCGGUUCAGAUAUGGACUGAUAGUGUUUUCCUGCUAACCGUUCAUCAGGUUAUCGAAAAUGCCGCUGUUUGUUGUGUCGCAUGAAUGAGUUAUGUUCAAUUUAAUAUGUGGUCACUUCCGGCGGAGCACCCAGAACCAGUUCCGGAACACUACCAGUUCAUAUAUGAUCUGAUACUGCUUCCUGCUAACCGUUCAUCACGUUAUCAAAAAUGCCGCAGUCGCAUGCAUGGGUUUGGUUCUCUUUUAUAUUUGACCACUUCCGGCGGGAUAUCCGGAACCGGUUCCGGAGCACUACCGGUUCUGAUAUGGUCUGAGACUAUUUUCCUGCUUACCGUUCAUCAGAUUAUCGAAAAUGCUGUGGUUUGAUGUAUCGCAUGCAAGGGUAUGGUUCUCUUUUGUGUAUGGCCACUUCCGGUGGGACAUCUGGAAUCGAUUCCGGAACACUACCGGUUCAGAUAUGGUUUGAGACUAUUUUCCUGCUUACCGAUCAUCAGGUUAUCGAAAAUGCCAUGGUUUGAUGUGUCGCAUGCAUGGGUUUGGUUCUCUUUUAUAUUUGGCCACUUCCGGUGGGACAUCCGGAACCGGUUCCGGAACACUACCGGUUCAGAUAUGAUCUGAUACUAUUUUCCUGCUAGCUGUUCAUCAGGUUACCGAAAAUGCCGCUGUUUGAUGUGUCACGUGCAUUGGUUUAGUUCUCUUUUAUAUUUGGCAACUUCCGGCGAGGCAUCCGGAACCGGUUCUGGAACACCACCGGUUCUGAUAUGGUCUGAGACUAUUUUCCUGCUUACCGUUCAUCAGAUUAUCGAAAAUGCCGUGGUUUGAUGUAUCGCAUGCAUGGGUUUGGUUCUCUUUUAUAUUUGGCCACUUCCGGCGGGACAUCCGGAACCGGUUCCGGAACACUACCGGUACAGAUAUGGUCUGAGACUAUUUUCCUGCUUUCUAUUAACCGUCAAGGCACCAUUCAUCGUGGAUUUAAGAGGAUUCGGGGCAAAUAAGGGCUGUCCUUUGACACCAGUCAUAUAAACAUUGUUGGUGCCGCUUUUAAUUGCCUUCAUUAUAGUUUAAAAUUAAAGCAAUAUCCACAGAAGUAGAAAAUUUUUCACAAAAUUUGGUGAUAUAGUACAAUUAGUAAAGGGUAGUAGGGUCGCCUAAUCCCGUGGUAGGUCACCAUUCACCGUGGUGGUAGGGACCCAUUCACCGUGUAUGAGAAAUUUUAUUCUUCUUUGUUUAAAAAUGAUCAAAACAACCCAGCCAAGGGAAUUUUCUUCGUUUAAAUUCAUUUCAAGUAAUAACUUGCCAGAUUAUAUUAGAAAAACGAAUGUUCAAAUUUUCGAUUUUUUCUAGAUAUAUGGGACAAUAUGGGGCACGGUGAAUGGAGACCAUUGAUUUUUAGGGUACCCAUUUACCGUGCCUUUUUGUUUCAAUUAAAAAGUACGAGUAAUCGUACUUUCUUGUUAAACUUACUUCGGUAAUGCAAAAUACAUACCUGAUAUGUGAAUUUAAUUGCUUCUUGGUGGAAAAAAACGUUACUACAUUUAGUUUAUCGCUUAAAUUACCUUAGCGCAGUUUUUGUUUUUUCACUAUGAAUGCAGUGAACGAGCAGAAACCCGCUUCAUGUAAACACACUUUAGUGUCAAAAUGAUACUUUUAAAUGUUUAUAAUGAGCGUUUUGACAUGGUAACAAUACAUUAGUGUUGUAUUGGUGAAAUUGAAGGGAAAUUGUCAUAUCAUUCAAUCAUAAUAUGGAAAUAAUGAAAAAAUAUUCGAAGGCACACGGUGAAUGGAGCCCCCACGGUGAAUGGCGCCUUGACGGUAUCAGAUGAUCGAAAAUGCCGUGGUUUGAUAUAUCGCAUGCAUGGGUUUGUUGCAUUUUCAUGUCUGGUCCCUCCCAGAGGUACCGAUCCGGAACACCUGCCAUAACUCCGGAACGGCUGGAACGAUCCGAACCAUUUUCAAUAGGAAACAAUGGGACUAUAUGCCGCGUCGAAUGAACCGUCGGUCAUUAAAAUCGGUUGAGGUUUACUGCCAAAAAGUGAUGUGAGUUUUUUGUACACACACAUACACUCACACAUACACACACACACACACACAUACACACACACAGACAUCACCUCAAUUCGUCGAGCUGAGUCGACUGGUAUAUGUGACUCGACCCUCCGGGCUUUCUAUCAAAAAGUCAUUUUUGGAGUGAACAUAUAGCCUUUCCAGUACACUUAUGGUCAUAAGCACCAACGCAGUUGAUACGAGAUUUGAUCCAGAUUUAUUUAAAUCCCGGAUUAAAUUUGAUACCUCGCUUCGUAAGCACCAAAACCGACGGUAACGUACUAGCACGCAGCCAAAUAACAUAGUGUGCGUAUGCGAAUGCGAACACAAAAAGAAGGCAAUAAAAAACACUUCCGUCAAAGUUUUUGUUUUGUCCUCAAUUCGUAAAUAAUACAUUUUGUGAACGUGCCCUUUAUUUACCAUUUUUGCACAAAAAAAAAAAAAAAACAGAUCGCACAACAAUAAAGUGGUCACAGUCCGAAGAAUUUUGUGGAAAUUUUGUUAAAUUAACCCAAAUCCGUGAACCGAACACGUCCGAAACUGGUUACCCAAGCUGCCAUGCUCGCCCCGGCCAUCCAGGACGAGAAAAUGGAGAGGAUGAGGAUUGUGGAAGCAGCUAAAAAGGACGACGAACUACUGACAGAGAUUUGCUUACACGUAAGUUGGAGAAAGCGGAGCUCGAGGCGGAGCUUUGUUCACGGGCAGCGCAGCUUUCCCGGCUGAGGCGAAACACGAGGAAUCAUGGGAAUACCCGGAAGGAAUGCUAGCACCGGAAAUGCCUUAACCAAGAAUCCACUCCCGGAGGUUGAUGGGAAGAAUGAGCUGAUGAAGGCAACCAAAUGUUUCCUUGAUGGCUUUAUGGCAAUACAGGAGGUCAUUGGAUUUGAUAGCUACUUCUACCACUGCAGAGACGUCGAGCUGAAUGGCGAUUUGGAGAGCGUCUUGCAAUCAAGACUGAGAAUCGCUGAGGAAUAAUUUUGAAAAUCUCAACCUGGGAGCCGCAGCUGUCCUUCGUUCCCUUAGCGAAUCAGCUUCCGUCUGGAUUUGCACAACCAGAACAACAAGGCAAUGUAAUAUUCGCACAAGUCGACUUACUUAACAUAUAGCUCGAAAGUACCGAAGAGUUUCGCGAUCGCAAACAGCAGGACCUGGAACUAGCCUAGGAGAAUUCCGAGGAGGACGAUGAAAGGUAGCGAAUGCAGUGCUUCUAUUAGUUGAGCAAUAAUCAUUAUACUUAUGCGUAUGUUUUUUUCAAUCGCACAGCUAAACGUUUUGGUUAUAUCAAUGUUAAAAAGGGCACUUGUCACGGUCAUACCUAAUAUUCCGUUCUGCAUAUUACAACACCGCUAAUAAACGUUCCUGUCUUUGCUUAUAUUCUUUUCAUGAAUACAACAAUUAACUUUGGUCUGUAAGUCUGUAAGGGAUGUUGCAAUUUUUUUAAAUAUAUUUUUUUGAAUAAAUUAUCCCAGGUUUUAAGAAACUUCAGUGUUGCCUAUGAAAAGCUAGAGAGAUUUUGACAGAACAUUUCUAAGGCCUCCAAGAAUAACCAAUAUACAGUGCUUCAGCGGGAUCUGGGACCAUUUGGGGAGGGGGGCUCUUUUUGGGAACUUAAUGCUGUAGCUCAAACGAUUUUAUGACAAUGACUUUAUUUUUCGUGCACGAUGAGCAACGUACGGUAUCUAGUUGUGUACAAAAGUUCAUGUCAAGUGGCUUAAAGUUUGAAGGUUGCUCUAGGAAUGCCUCCAGAAGUUACACUAGGAAUUAUUUCGGAAGUUACUCCAGGAAUUCCUCCAGAAGUUCCUCCAAGAACUCCUCCAGAAGUUCCUGUAAGAAUUCCUCCGGAAGUUCUUCUAAGAAAUUCUAGGAAUUCCUCCGAAAGUUUCUCCAACUCCGGAAGUUCCUUCAGGAAUUCCGCCAGAAGUUGCUCCAGCAGUUCCUUCGGAAAUUAAGCCGUGAUAUCGUUAUGAUUUGUUCCAACAAGGCUAUUACGCAUACCAAAAAAGAAACUGAGUUGAUGGGCACGUUUAGAAUCGAUUCUGGUCUUUUGGGUGUCUACAUUUGCAGCCAAAUGAUAUGCUAAAAGCCAUCAUAUUUUUUCCAGCGCGACGUGCGAGGUAUUCGUAAUAGUGUAGUGCUUUUUAUAAUGGCGAUUCAGCAAUUCGUCAGGGAUUUAGAAAUAAUCCCCAGGGAAUACAGAGUUCUUUUCAAGGACUCACCAAGGGAAUACCCCAAGAAUUCCUCAGGAAAUUCCCUCAAAGAUUUCUCCGGGAAUUUCCCCAGGGAUUCCUCAGGGAACUCUCCCAGGGAUUUCUCCGGAAAUUCCCCCAGGGAUUCAUCCAGGAAAUUUUCCAGGGAUUUCUCCAUGAAAUUCUCAAUUGGUUCCUGUAUUCCUCUUGAAAUUCCCUAGGAAUUCCUUGAAAUAUAUCUCCAAAAACUCCUCUAUGGAUUUCUCCAGGGGUUCGUCCAGGAAAAUCUCAAUGGAUUCCUCCUGGAACCUCCAGAUAUUCCACCAGGGUUUCUACAGGACUUCCUUCAGGGAUUCUUAUGGGACUCCUUCGGGAAUUCUCUCAGGAACUCCUCCGACAAUUCCCUUAGGGAUUCCUCCGGGAAUUCCCCCAGGGAUUCCUCCGGGAAUUUUCCCAGGGAUUCAUCCGCGAAUUCCCCCAGGGAUUCCUCCGGAAAUUUUUCCAGGAAAUCCGCCAUUGAUUCCUCUAGAAAUGCCUCUAGGUAUUCCUCAUGGAAUUCCUUGAAAGAUACCUCCAAGAACUCCUCUAUGGAUGUCUCCAAUGGUUCCUCCAGGGAAAUUUCAAUACAUUCCUCCAGUGUUCUUCAGAUAUUCUACCAGCGAUUUCUCUAGGAAUUAUUUCUGGGAUUUCUACAGGGCUUUCUCCAGGGAUUUCUCAAGGAAAUCCUCCUUUGAUAGAAAUUCAUACAUAACUAACUUCAGGGAUUUCUCCAGGGGUUAUUUAUCUUCAGGGAAUCUAGGGCAUUCUUCAGGGAUUCCUCCAGAAAUUCCUUCCAGAUCUCUUCUAGGAAAUCCUCGCGGAAUUCCUCUUGAAAUUCUUCCAGAUAUUCCUCCGGGAAUUCCUCCAGAGAUUUCUCCAGGAAUACCCCCAGAGAUUUUUCCGGGAAUUCUCCCAGAGAUUCCUCUGGGACUGCCCUCUGAAAUACCUCCAGGGAUUCAUCCAAGAAUUUCCCUAGGGACUCCUCCGGAAAUUAGCCCAGGGAUUCCUCCGGGAAUUCCCCCAGGGAAAUCUCCGGGAAUUUCCCCAAGGAUUCCUCCGGGAAUUUUCCCAGGGAAAUGCCUGGAAUUCCUUGAAAGAUACCUCCAAGAACUCCUCUAUGGAUGUCUCCAAUGGUUCCUCCAGGGAAAUUUCAAUACAUUCCUCCAGGGUCCUCCAGAAAUUCUUCCAGCGAUUUCUCUAGGAAUUUUUUCUGGGAUUUCUACAGAUUUCUCCAGAGAUUUCUCAAGGAAAUCUUCCUGUUAUAGAAAUUUCUCCAUAACUAACUUCAGGGAUUCCUCCAGGGAUUAUAUAUCUUCAGGGAAUCUAGGGCUUUCUUCAGGGAUUCCUCCAGAAAUUCCUUCCAGAUUUCUUCUAGGAAAUCCUCAUGGGAUUCCUCCGGCAAUUCCUCCAGAGAUUUCUCCAGGAAUACCCCCAGAGAUUUUUCCGGGAAUUCUCUCAAGGAUUCCUCUGGGACUUCCCUCUGAAAUACCUCCAUUUAUUCAUCCAAGAAUUACCCUAGGGACUCCUACGGAAAUUUCCCCAGGGAUUCCUCCGGAAAUUCUCCCAGGGAAAUCUCCCUUAAAUUCCUACAGGAAAUCCCUCAGGGAUUCCUCCAAAAAUUCCCCAAAGGAAAUCCUCCGGGAAUUCCACAAAGGAAUUCCUCCGGGAAUUCCCCAAAAGAAUUCCUCCGGAAAUUCCCCAAAAUAAUCCCACCGGGAAUUCUUUAUAGGAAUUCCUCC